AUGGGCGACCGUGAAGCAGCUAUACAAGCAGCUAUCAGCGAUAUCGAUGCUGGUGUUUUUCUAAGUCAGAGGGCGGCUGCAAAGGCGUACAACAUCCCGCAAUCUACAAUCUCAACGCGCAUACGCGGCAGACAAAGCAACCAAGCCAGCCACGUAUACCAGCAGCGGUUGACUCCAGAGCAGGAGGACUUCCUCGUACAAUGGAUACUCGAAGAAGACGCACGAGCUUUUCCUCCCUCCCAUGCACGCGCACGAGAAAUGGCGAACCGAAUCCUCCGGAUGAACGGAGACCACAGACCCGUAGGCAAGCAUUGGAUGGCUGCCUUCCUUAAGCGUAACCCACGCGUCGCAUCUGUUGUAGGUCGAAAGAUCGAGGCAGCUCGAGCUGAGGGAGCAACCCCAGCACAGAUACGCGCGUUCCUGGAGCUCUUUGAGAGGACUCGUACGAGGCUAGGCAUAAGGGCUGAGGAUAUAUGGAAUAUGGAUGAGACUGGGAAGGCCUUAGGUGUAUGUGCCAACACCAGAGUGCUCGCAUCUAGUCAGAAGAAGAAGGCUUACCAUCAGUCCCCAGAGAACCGCGAGUGGGCAUCAAUAAUCGAGUGCGUGUCGGCUACGGGCAAGAAACUGCGCUGCGGGGUGAUAUUCAAGGGCAAGAACCUACAGAGUACUUGGUUUCCUGCGAUAAUACCUAACUGGCUUUACACAACCUCUAAGAAUGGCUGGACAUCAAAUGCGAUAGGCCUCGAAUGGCUGCAACGGGUAUUUCUGCCUGAAACGGCUCCAUCAGACGAUCGUUGGAGGAUGCUAAUUCUGGACGGCCACGGCAGCCACAUUGAUCUGGAAUUCCUGUGGACCUGCAAGCAGAAUAAAGUUCAGCUUCUAUUUCUACCUGCACACUCAUCUCAUGUAUUGCAGCCACUAGAUCUCUCAGUUUUCUCAGUAGUGAAGAGAUUCUACCGAAACCAGAUCCAGGAAGUAUCGCAUCUAGACGACGCCGCGCCUGUUAAAAAAGAACGCUUUAUUACAGCCUACUAUAACGCUAGAGAGGCUGCGAUUACUGAGAGAGUAGUACGAGCUGGAUGGGCUACUGCAGGCAUCUGUCCAUUGAACAUUGAGCGGGUAGUCAACUCCUCACAGGUAGCUCAGAGGCUUGUUACGCCACCACGUCAGACUCAAGCUCAAACUGCUAAAAGCCAUCUAUCUACCCCCCGUGGACCUCGUGAUCUUUUUAUAGCUCAGCGAGAGCUGCACAGGAACGAGAGUGUUAGCCGCAAGACUCACCAGCUUAUUCAAAAAGCAGGCAAAGCUAUUGCAGUAGCAAAUACUCGCGCAGCACAGCUAGAAGCAGAGAACAAAAGACUACAUAGUCAACUUGAGGCUCUUAAGCCUCAGCAGCCACGAAAGAAAGUUCGUGUGAAUUCAAAUCAACGCUUUGCAGAUAUAGAGACAAUUAUGGUUGCCGUACAGGCGUCACAGCUUCUUAAGGCACAGCGCGAUGAUAAUGCUAAGGAGAAGGCUGCAGAAAAUAUAGCAGUCAGGACAGCAGCUCAAACGCUUCAGUCUAUGUGUACGGAGUGGCAAUUAUAG